GUACAAUAGAUAUGACGUAUACGGAAAAGCCAAGCAAGGGCCUUCGCACACGCAUCGUAAUCGUAUCGUUAUGACGCAACGCUUACGAGAGCUGCAGUGUUCCUCACACGCAUCGUCAGGCGAAUUUGAUAAAAACACCGAAAAUGUCUGAGAAAACUCCAAAGCCGUUAACUGAAGCGCAACAGAAAAUACUCGACGCAAUUGAGAAAAAUGAUGUUUUACAACUGAAAUCACUGCUUAGCGAAAAGAUAAACGUGAACUUUGUAGAUGGAAAUUUGAUGUCUCCUCUGCAACAUGCAGCCUACAAGGGAAACAAGGAGAUCGUUCAGCUUUUAUUAGAUCAGGGUGCCGACGUGAAUUUCUGCGAGCACCAACACAACUACACUGCUCUACACUUUGCUGGUCUUUCAGGAAACCGCGAAGUCGUACUCGCGCUACUUCUGUCAGGUGCAAAAACUCAAGAGACGAACACAGUUGGCCGAACAGCAGCUCAAAUGGCAGCAUUCGUUGGUCAUCAUAAUUGUGUUGCUGUGAUCAAUAAUUAUAUCCCAAAGUCAGAGGUCGAUUAUUACACCAGGAUACAUGGCCUGGAAAUGCAACAGUAUUUGAUGCCUUUCCUAUCUGACAGCUUACACAAGUUCAUCAUGGAGGUCAACAUCCAUCCAGUCAAAGUCGUACUGAAUUUACAGAAUCUUGCAGGAUUAGCGGAUCACUUGCCUGAUAUCAAAAAAGUAGUAGAGAUGAUGUGUGAAAAAGAAAUGAAGCGAGGACCUGAAACUAACGAAACGAUGGCUUUCAAGUUCCACUACUUAGCUUACACAAUUGACGAAUUGUUAAAGUUCAAACAGAAAAAAGAAAAAGCGGACGAUAAAAAAAUAGACGUUGUCGAACUGUUCAUCAGGAAUCUUCUGAAACCAGGCAAAGAUGGUCACUUAGAAUCAAUGGAUGCCUUCAUCAAAGAGUGCAUCAGAGAGUUUCCGUACAGAGAAUCGACAUUGUUCAGACAAAUGGUCACAAGCCUAACAGGGCUCGAUCCCCCUUCGGCUUUGAGUAUCAUAAACGCAGCUAUCAAUGGCCAGAAAGGUUUCAUUGAUAACAUAUCUGUAUGCAGUACUUGUGGUGAAGAAAAACCGGCGAAGAAAUGCUCUAAGUGUAAAGCUGUGCAGUAUUGUGAUAGGAAUUGUCAAAGAUUGCAUUGGCAUUGGCACAAAAAGGCAUGUCAGAGACUGAGUCAAGGCGUUGAAACAACGGAAGCUCCAGUAAAGCCUGAUGCGGCAGAGCUUUCCGCCGAAAUUCAGAAUUUACUAAUAAGUUAAAUGUACAAAGUUUAGGGAGGGAGCCAUCGACAGUGUAAGAUGAGAGGAAACUGGAUUGACAUUAAAUGUUCUUGAACCUUCCCUUCUCUUACUACGUGUUUUCAAGUAAAUUGGAUAUUCUACAAACUUAGUAUAAAACGUGUGCUUGAUCAAGGAUCAUAUUUUGUGUAUCUAGAAUGUUUCAUUAAUUUUUCUACUAAAUGUGUCUAAGCUCUUUGAUUAUCUAAUAUAAAUAUGAUUUACAUUGCUUUGUAGAUCAAUUAUAAUUUAUGUGACUGUGAAUUUUGACAAAUGUGACCAAUUUACAAGCUGAAAAUAUUUAUACAAUAUAAGGAGUCUUUAUUGGAUUCGUUGCUUUCUUAUCAGGCGCAACUAUCUUAUUUCAUGGAAAAACUAGCUAUAGUCAACGCCAAACAAAGUGGCGUGCACGUCAUCAAGGUGGG